GUUCGUCUUGAUGGUCACCGUACAAUGCGCCAACCUGUGAGGAUGAACACAGACACACAACACGACACUCUCUCACUUGUCUGUCUCUCUAUCUCUCUCUCUGUCUUCUGCGUGUCAGCUACUACUUCUAUCCGCCGCCACCGUAACACACACACACACAAGACUAGAGAGACACACACACACCUGCACGGACCUCUCUCCAUGUCUCUGAUGUGUGUGUGAUGCAUCUGCAGUGAGUUCACAGAGGUGCCGGCCGCCAAGUCCAAGCCGCCCGCCUCCCACUCGCUGAUGCUCGACCUCAGCCCGGCCACUCUCGCUCUCACGGACGUGGACGUGGCGCCACGAGCAGCGAUGGUGGACGAACUCGACAAGGUCCUGUUGCAACUCAGCCCAAGAUUCAAGCAGCAGCAGCAGCAGCAGCAGCAGCAGAGUGACGGGCACACGGCCAUCCGCGGCACACAGCACACUCAGACACAGACACGCGCCAAGUACCCCGACAAAGGUCAACAAAACCAAGUAGAACACACCAUGAGACACAAAGCACAUAGCCAUCUGUCUCUGUAUCUGUGUGUGCAGAUUGCGGUGCCGGUGCGGCUGAUGCGGAGGAGGUCUCGGCUCGGGAUCUGCCGAGAGAAGUCGAUGUGCUGCCCGAAGGUACUAUGUAAUGUCACUCAUCCAGCCUGUGUGUCAUGUGGAUGUGUGUGUCGCCUCGGUCGGAUAAUCAGAUGAAGAGCUGGAGGUCGCAUCGAUCGCGAAGAUCGUCAAGAGCGCCGUCCGCUUCGGAUUCAUCCUCGUCUUCAUCAUACUCCUCCUCGCCUACUGCGCAUUGUAACUAACGCCACACACCAAAACGCACAGCUGGAGGUGUCUCUCUCACUGUCGUGGAUGUGUGUUGUGUGUUGUCAGUGUUCACGUAUGGUUCACAUUCCUGCUGCAGGGCUGCAAGAACAUCACAUCAGCAGCCGGACCAGCACAGUUCGAAGCCGAGGCGUGAGUGAACGGACCCACCAAACCCACCAACCAACCGACCAACGAAGAGACACACAGCCGACAGACAGACAGACAGACAGACAGACAAGGGAUGGAUGAAUGGAUGGGUGGUGUGAACGGAUGCAUUGAGAGACGCACAUGAAAGAUGGCUACAGGCACCAACAGACAUUGAUUGCCAUCGUGUCAACAAGUCAUUCUCACACCACACCACAUAAACGAC